UCACAUCUGAUCCUAACGGAGAACUGAACACAAGACACACAGCUAUGGCACCUACAAUCAUCUGCAGAGAACAACUUCCACUCACAAACAAGCUGAGAAAGCCAAUAGUGGAGAAGAUCCGCAGAGAACGAAUCAACAGCAGCAUUGAGAAGCUCAAGAAUCUUUUGGGUCAAGAGUUUCUAAAGCAACAGCCCGACUCCAGACAGGAGAAAGCUGACAUCCUGGAGAUGACGCUGGAUUUCUUGAGACGCCAACAGCGCUCCCAGAAUCCCUCAUCCUGCUCUACUGCAGCUCAUGACGGACGCUCUAAAUGUGUGCAGGAGGCCGUCAACUUUCUGUCUCAGUGUCCAGUGCAAACUGAGUCUCACAGAAGACUACUGAAGCACUUCCUGCACAUGCAGCCCUACACAGAGAACAAGACACGUGUGCAGCCUCAGAUCACUUCAGCAACCGCACAGAACAGCAGCAAAGAGGCAAAUCCAGCCUCUGCUGGCCUCUGGAGACCCUGGUAGAAGCUGUUCCAUGUGAAUGUAAACUACCACGAUUAACUGCGUUAUAAGAGAACAUGUUGUUCUAGGUCUACCUCUUUCAUGAGAGAAUAAUUGCCUGUAUUUCAACAUUUGGAAUUCACUGUACUUUUGCCUUUGGCAAAUCAUGCUUCAAACUAAUUGAAUCUGCUAUGUUAGCAACUAUAUAUAUCUCACAGUGAGAAGCAAUAUUAAUAUUCUAUGAACAUGUUUAAUGUUUUUAAAUAGAUCCAAUGGAUCUUAUGGUUUAUUAAUCUCUUGUUCUUUUUUGAACAUUUUAUUGUUGGUGUUGUAGAUUUUAUAUAAUCAGCUAUGACUGACAAAUUCUUUUAUAAAGAUUAUUCUGGUAAUUGUGUUUUAAACAAGUGAGAGAUUUAUCUAACAAUCAACAAUGUAAUGCACUAAACACAGAUGCUGGAUAUCAUCUGCAAAUGUUUUAUGAAAAUAAAUGUCUA